CUUCAGCGUGUGGUGGUUAGACGGAGCCAGCAGGGGGACGAGGAAUUUUGUGGGCUUAUCCACACAGACGCAAGCCCACUAGUGGAAUUUUCAUACCGUUUGCAGGCGGACGUGGUUCCAGUCACCACCAACGGGGAGUAAUCUCUAGGCAGAACUACUGAGAGGACCGUGCCUAGGAGGAUGGAUCAAAGGGACAGAGAUCCCGUUGGCGAGAGGAUAGCCAAGGACUACAGGGAGAGGCCUCCAAGGAAAAUAACACAGGAUGAACUGAACGAGCUCAGCGCCAGGGUGCUGAGGAAUAAGAUGAGAGGGUCUAGCGAUGUCGAGAGGUUGGAACGUAGACUCAAGGACUAUACACAGAGGUUCAAUGAGCAGAGCAAGAGUGAUAGAAGCACGGGCACAGGCACAGGUGAGCGGAGCAGAAAGACUGAGGACGAUAUGACGAUCGAAGAGAUGCUGCGUGAAGAGAGAACCACUGGCGGCACGCAAAGGUCCAUCGUGAAGAACAUCAUGAAGGAUAAGAAGUACUCAAACGACCUGGAGUACCAGGAGGAGAACUCCUCCAAGCUAUCGAAAUACAUCAAGCGUGGUGAUGUUGACCUCAGGUCUGGUGAUUACCACCAGACUAAGAAACAGAUUGAUGCGCUGGAGAGGUGCCAACUCUGUAUUGAGAAUGAACACUGCUGUGAGAUGGUGAGUAUGGGCGAGACGGUAUACCUCACCUUGGCGCCAAAACCUGAGCUUGCAGACUUCACCACGAUGAUUGUCCCUGUGCGACACUUGCCAAAUACUCUGCACUGUGAUGAGACUGAGUGGGACGAGAUUAAGCAGUACAUGGUUGCUCUUUCCAAAUUCUACUAUACAAGGUUCAACAAAGCUGUUGUGUUUUAUGAAAACUCAGUCAACAAGAACAAGCAUGCUGCCAUAACGUGUGUUCCAAUCCCAAUGUCGUUAUCCUCGAGUAUCAGAGGAUACUUCAAGGCUGCGAUACUCGAGGAAGCGGACGACUUCGAACAACAGCACAGUCCAAUCAUAGACACAGAAGGUAAGAACUCCACCGAUGGGUUCCGGCAUUCCAUUGCUAAAGAGGCUCCGUACUUCCACGUUUGGUUCACACUUAACGGUGGAAUGGGUCACAUAGUGGAAGAUGUCAAGUCGUGGCCAUCUGGCGAUCUCUUUGCAAGGCAAGUUCUUGGUGGUGCGCUGAAGGUUGACUGGUAUAUCAUCAAGAAACAAGCUAAAUGGGAGAACAUUGACACAAGGGUCAAUGAGUUCAGCGACAUGUUCACACCUUACGAUUGGACUAUGGAAUUACAAGACCAUUGA